ACAAAAAAGCAGUAACACUCUUGAAUAGUAAAAAUUGAAGUGGUACGAGAUCCAUAAAUAAUUAAUGGUGUAAAUGGAUUUCAGGGAUGGAAUGUGGAGGUAGAAUUCGCUAGCGGUUUGGUUACUGUUCAAACUUGGGUAGAAUUGAACCUUUCGUCAGGUGCUGCACUUGAAUGAUUGAGUCUGCACUCGUGAAAUUGACUAGGUAAUGUAUCCACUUCCCAUUUUCUAGGGUGAGAAAUGGAAGGAAAAGCGCAAGCAUCCAGUAGUAUGUAUGCUGCUGAUCUCUCAUCGAUAAAAGCAGCUCAAGAUCGCAUCAGCUCUCACGCCCACAAAACUCCGGUCUUGUCCUCAGAGACUCUUGAUGCUCUCUCUGGAAGGAAGCUUUACUUCAAAUGUGAAUGUUUUCAGAAAGGUGGAGCUUUCAAAUUCAGAGGUGCCUGCAAUGCUGUAUUUUCUCUUACAGAUGACGAGGCAGCUAGGGGUGUCAUAACGCAUAGCAGUGGGAAUCAUGCUGCAGCACUUUCUUUGGCUGCAAAACUACGAGGAAUACCAGCACAUAUAGUCAUUCCCAAAAAUGCCCCAAAAUGCAAAGUUGAGAAUGUCAUUCGUUAUGGUGGUCAGGUUAUCUGGAGCGAGGCAACGAUGCAGUCUAGGGAGGAGGUCGCUGCGAAGGUAUUGAAGGAUACUGGUGCUGUUCUGAUUCAUCCGUAUAAUGAUGGCCGUAUCAUAAGUGGACAGGGGACCAUAUAUCUGGAGCUAUCGGAACAGAUUCCUCAAAUCGACACCAUAAUAGUUCCGAUAAGUGGAGGCGGAUUGAUCUCAGGCGUGGCAUUAGCUGCCAAGUCAAUUAAUCCCUCGGUUCGAGUCCUGGCAGCUGAACCAAAGGGAGCAGACGAUGCUGCUCAAUCCAAAAAGGCAGGCACUGUAAUCACUCUACCUGAGACGAAGACCAUAGCUGAUGGCCUCCGAGCAUCUCUUGGAAGUUUCACGUGGCCUGUUGUUCGGGAUUUGGUGGAUGGCAUCAUUGUUGUUGAGGAUAGAGAGAUCAUAGAAGCAAUGCGACUCUGUUACGAGGUUCUUAAGGUGGCCGUGGAGCCAAGUGGAGCAAUCGGCCUUGCUGCGGUGCUAUCGGAGAGUUUCAGGAAUAAUCCCAGUUGGGAUGGCUGCAAGAAUGUGGGGAUAGUUGUUUCAGGAGGCAAUGUUGAUUUGGAUGUGAUGUGGAAAUCCUUAAAGAAUGGAGUUUGAGUUGCAAGAGCCCUUCACCUCUUUCAUAUGGUUAGCUUGUGAUGAACUUGUGACAUGUAUUGCAUUGAUCGAGAUGCUUAAAGGGGAGGCUCUGGUUGUACCCGAGUGUUGGCUGAUCAAUUUCAUUUUAGUAAGCAAUGAGUUAGGGUUCUUGAGGAUAAGAUUUGACGCAAGUCCAGCAAUUGUAUUAUCAUAAAUUAAUAAUGAAAGAUAGAAAGGUACUGUUACACCCUUUCAUAGAUUUAGGGACAUAAUGCAGAGGUGCAAAUGUCAUUUUGUAAAGACUAAUUAUGAAAUUUACUCUCUUUAAAAUUGUACUAUUAGAAUAUGAAAAUAAUGCAUUGCAAA